GGCGGCGGUUGCCAGGGCGACCGGAGCUUCCAAGAGCCGCGGGUACUACCGAUUGGCGGCUUAGAAGAAGUUUCCUGUGCCGGGCUUUAUCUACUGGCGUCGUCCUCUCGGGGUUCCCAGAAUGUUCUUUUACUUGAGCAAGAAAGUUGCCAUUCCCAAUAAUGUGAAGCUGAAAUGUAUAUCUUGGAACAAGGACCAAGGAUUCAUAGCAUGUGGUGGUGAAGAUGGAUUACUGAAGGUUUUGAAAUUAGAGACACAGACAGAUGAUGCAAAAUUGAGGGGUCUUGCAGCCCCUAGUAACCUUUCUAUGAAUCAGACUCUUGAAGGUCAUAGUGGUUCUGUUCAAGUUGUAACAUGGAAUGAACAAUAUCAGAAGUUGACUACCAGUGAUCAAAAUGGUCUUAUCAUUGUUUGGAUGUUAUAUAAAGGCUCUUGGUAUGAGGAGAUGAUCAACAAUAGAAAUAAAUCAGUGGUUCGAAGCAUGAGCUGGAAUGCUGACGGACAGAAGAUCUGCAUUGUAUAUGAGGAUGGGGCUGUGAUAGUUGGUUCAGUGGAUGGGAAUCGCAUUUGGGGAAAAGACCUGAAGGGUAUACAGUUAUGUCAUGUAGCAUGGUCCGCAGAUAGUAAAAUCUUACUUUUUGGAAUGGCAAAUGGAGAAAUACACAUUUAUGAUAAUCAAGGGAAUUUUAUAAUGAAAAUGAAACUGAAUUGUUUGGUGAAUGUCACUGGAGCAAUCAGUAUUGCUGGAAUUCACUGGUACCAUGGCACAGAAGGCUAUGUGGAGCCACAUUGCCCCUGUCUUGCGAUUUGUUUUGACAAUGGCAGAUGCCAAAUAAUGAGACAUGAGAAUGACCAAAAUCCUGUUUUAAUUGAUAGUGGCAUGUAUGUAGUAAGUAUCCAGUGGAACCACACUGGCAGUGUGUUGGCUGUGGCAGGCUCCCAGAAGGCCAUCACUCAGGACAAAGAUGUAAACACUGUGCAGUUUUACACUCCAUUUGGUGAGCAUCUGGGUACUUUGAAGUUUCCUGGAAAGCAGUUGUCUGCACUGUCUUGGGAAGGAGGUGGACUGAAAAUUGCACUAGCUGUUGAUUCUUUUAUAUAUUUUGCAAAUAUUCGACCCGAUUAUAAGUGGGGUUAUUGCUCAAACACUGUAGUUUAUGCUUAUACCAGACCUGAUCGUCCAGAGUACUGUGUUAUAUUUUGGGAUACAAAAAACAACGAGAAAUAUGUUAAGUAUGUGAAGAGUCUCAUUUCUAUUACUACUUGUGGAGAUUUCUGCAUUUUGGCUACAAAAGCUGAUGAAAAUCAUCCUCAGUUUGUGCUCGUUCUUUGUAAUUCUAUUGGCACACCUCUGGAUCCCAAAUACAUUGACCUUGUACCAUUGUUUGUUACAAUGACCAAAACCCAUGUGAUAGCAGCUUCAAAAGAAGCAUUUUAUACCUGGCAGUAUCGUGUGGCAAAGAAGCUCACAGCAUUGGAAAUUAAUCAGAUCACCCGGUCUCGAAAAGAAGGGAGAGAAAGAAUUUAUCAUGUUGAUGAUACUCCUUCUGGAUCAGUGGAUGGUGUGCUUGAUUAUAGUAAAGCCAUUCAAGGCACAAGGGAUCCAAUUUGUGCCAUAACUGCAUCUGAUAAGACAUUGAUUGUGAGUCGUGAAUCUGGCACCAUUCAGAGAUACAGUCUUCCUAAUGUUGGUUUGAUUCAAAAAUACUCCCUUAAUUGUCGAGCCUACCAGUUAUCCUUGAAUUGCAACUCCAGUCGUCUUGCUAUCAUAGACAUCUCAGGAGUUCUGACCUUCUUUGACUUGGAUGCUCGGGUAACAGACAGCACAGGACAGCAAGUUAUUGGCGAGUUGUUAAAAUUGGAGCGAAAAGAUGUCUGGGAUAUGAAGUGGGCCAAAGAUAAUCCUGAUUUGUUUGCAAUGAUGGAGAAGACAAGAAUGUAUGUUUUCAGAAACUUGGAUCCUGAGGAACCCAUUCAGACUUCUGGAUAUAUUUGUAAUUUUGAGGAUUUAGAAAUUAAAUCUGUUCUUUUGGAUGAGAUAUUAAAGAAUCCAGAAUAUCCAAACAAGGAUUGUAUCAUUAACUUUGAGAUUCGGUCCCUGAGAGAUAGCCGAGCACUGAUUGAGAAGGUUGGAAUUGAGGAUGCAUCUCAAUUCAUAGAGGAUAAUCCACACCCCCGACUUUGGCGCCUACUGGCUGAAGCAGCUCUUCAGAAACUGGAUUUGCACACUGCAGAACAAGCGUUUGUGCGUUGCAAAGAUUACCAAGGCAUUAAGUUUGUGAAGCGCCUGGGUAACCUGCAGAGUGAGUCCAUGAAGCAGGCGGAAGUGGCUGCCUACUUUGGCAGGUUCGAAGAGGCUGAAAGGAUAUAUCUCGAUAUGGACAGAAGAGAUCUGGCUAUUGGCCUCCGGCUGAAGUUGGGAGAUUGGUUUCGAGUACUCCAGCUCCUGAAAACUGGAUCUGGUGAUGCGGAUGACAGUCUCCUUGAACAAGCCCACAAUGCCAUCGGAGACUACUUUGCUGAUCGGCAAAAGUGGUUGAAUGCUGUACAAUAUUAUGUACAAGGCCGGAACCAGGAACGCUUAGCUGAGUGUUAUUAUAUGUUAGAGGAUUAUGAGGGGUUGGAGAAUCUUGCCAAUUCACUUCCAGAAAACCACAAGUUGCUUCCAGAAAUAGCACAGAUGUUUGUGAGAGCGGGAAUGUGUGAACAAGCAGUGACUGCGUUUUUGAAAUGUAACCAACCAAAGGCAGCAGUGGAUACCUGUGUACAUCUCAACCGAUGGAACAAAGCUGUUGAAUUGGCUAAAAGUCAUAAUAUGAAAGAAAUUGGUUCCCUGUUAGCGAGGUAUGCAUCUCAUUUAUUGGAAAAGAAUAAAAUUCUUGAUGCCAUAGAACUCUAUCGGAAAGCCAGUUACUUUUAUGAUGCUGCUAAGCUGAUGUUUAAGAUUGCAGAUGAAGAGGCAAAGAAAAGAGCUAAACCUUUACGUGUUAAGAAGCUUUAUGUACUAUCAGCUUUACUUAUAGAGCAGUACCAUGAACAAAUGAAAAAUGCCCAACGAGGAAAAGCUAAAGGAAAGAGCUCAGAGGCCACUUCUGCUUUGGCUGGUUUGCUAGAAGAAGAAGUUCUGUCCACAACUAGUCAUUUCACUGAUAAUGCUUGGAGAGGGGCUGAGGCUUACCACUUCUUCAUACUGGCGCAGAGGCAGCUCUACGAGGGCUGUGUUGACAGUGCAUUGAAGACAGCUCUUCACCUGAGAGACUAUGAAGACAUUAUCCCUGCCGUUGAGAUCUACUCUCUGUUAGCACUCUGUGCAUGUGCCAGUAGGGCUUUUGGCACUUGUUCAAAAGCUUUUAUUAAACUUGAAUCUUUAGAGACCCUCGGUUCGGAACAGAAACAGCAAUAUGAAAAUCUUGCUCUAGAAAUCUUCACCAAACAUACUCCAAAAGAUAACAGAAAAUCUGAAUUGGACAGCCUUCUUGAAGGGGGGGAAGGCAAGCUGCCGACAUGUGUUGCCACAGGAAACCCGGUCACUGAAUAUCAAUUCUGGACAUGCAGUGUGUGCAAGCACUGUGUCCUGGCUCAGGAAAUAAGUAACUAUAACUUCUGUCCCUUAUGCCAUAGUGCAGUGGGAUGAAGAAAUGACAAACUGCAUAUAAUAGGAGUGUUUAUAUAACAAUGUUGACUUUAUGUAAAUAAGCAUCAUUAUUUCAGUUGUAGUUUUAUAAAAAUUUUCUAUAUAUAUAUAAAAUACAUAAUAUAUACAUAUAUAAAAUUUUGUGUAAAAAUACAACCAUGAAAUAAUGAUGCUGAUUGUCAUAUAAAUGUAUGGCAAUGGACCAUAUUAUCUGCCUGUCUGUCUUAUCUAUCUAUCUAUUUAUCUAUCUUGUGGUUGGUUAUAUGAUACUAUGGAAAUA